AUGCUUAGACAGUCAAUCAGAAGCGCUUUCAAUGGCACCAACGUUGCCAGCAGAAGGUUUAUCCAACAAUCAGUAAUCAAACUUGCUAAAGGUGAUCAAUCCACUAUUGAUGCAUUUAAAUUACCCUCACAAACAUCAAUCAAUGAAUGGGAAUUCAAGUAUGACUUUAUCCCAAAGACUUCACAACCAAAAGUGCCUCCAGUCACCAAAGAAGCAGUUAAGCAGGACAUUGCGCAGGAAAAAGCCAAGGCGGUUGAGCGUGAGUUAUUUGCUAAGGAGUCCAAUUCAUCCGUCAAGGUUGAGGCUAAUGAUGCUAAGGUCUUGCACGGUGGUGAGUCAGUUGAUGCCGAGCAUGUUCUUCGAGAAGAUAGAGGCAGCAAUCCAAUUGACACUUCAAAGCCAAAUGUUUCCAAUGCAUCCAAGCCAAAGAAGGCUGCCAAUCAUGAUCAGUAUGUUCAAUCAUCAGUGAACCCAGGUAUAAAUCAAGCUGAUAUUGUCAACUUGGGUGAGAAUGAGAUUGAUCACAAGACCGAGGAAGUUGGUAAACAGGCACAAGUUGUUGAUGAUCUUGAGCAUGACAAUUUACACCACCACGGUCAAGAACAAGCCUCAACGUCUUCAGGAAGCCCACGCGUUGUGGGGGUAUUGGCCCUUUUAGGUUUAGGUGGGGCCGGCUACUGGUACUACAAUUCCACCACUACCAAACCGGCCAAAAAAUAG